AGGACAUCAUAGAACUAGCUGGUCCCAAGCGAAUGGAUAAAUGAGCUGGAGGCAGGGAUGAAGUUUGAGAACCUCCUGGCAGAAGCUGGUGGCUUCGGUCGGUUUCAGGUCAUAGUGCUCUCCAUCGUCUUCGUUUCUCGCUUCACCCUGCCCUGCCACUUCCUGGUGCAAAACUUCAUCGCUGCCGUGCCGCCCCACCACUGCGACAUCAAUUUCCUGGAUGAUGGGGAAUUCUUUGAGAACUUCACUCAGGAGCAGAGGAUGAUCGUCUCUAUUCCGGCUGAGGAAGAUGGCAGUCUAAGUUCCUGCCAGAUGUUCUCACAGCCCCAGUUCCAUCUCCUGCAUGAAGUCACCAACGCUACAGCAGAACCGGCUGUUCCGUGUCAGAAUGGAUGGGUCUAUGACACCAGCACCUUUGCUUCCACCAUAGCGACUGAGUGGGACUUGAUCUGUGACCAAAGAAAGCUGAACAAAGUGACAGCCACCAUCUUCUUCAUUGGGGUGAUGAUUGGAGCUGUGCUCUUCGGCAGCCUCAGUGACAGGUACGGCCGGAAGAGGAUGAUGCUGCUCUCCUACGUGUUGGGCAUGGCCUUCGGCUUGGCCAGCGCCUUCUCCAGCUCCUUCGUGAUGUUUGCCAUCCUGAGGUUUUUCACAGGUCUCGGAAUCACGGGAAUCAGCAUCAUCUCCACGGUUCUGAGUGUGGAGUGGGUGAGCAUCGAACACAGACGAGUGGUGGGUGUGUUGGACAGCCUGGCCUGGACAUUCGGCUCCAUCAUGCUGGCCUGCAUCGCUUACCUUGUGAAUGACUGGCGCUGGCUAAUCGUCGCCAUCACAUCCCCGUUAGCGGUGGCUAUCGUAUCCUGGAGGUGGCUACCGGAGUCCGCUAGGUGGCUAAUAGCUACAGGAAGGGUGCAAAAUGCUCACUACUACCUCACAAGGUGCGCCAAAAUGAACGCAAGUGAUGGUUUUGCAUCUAAGAUUAAGCCAGAGGACCUUUCUACUGUAGUUGUGGUGGAGAAAGGAAAGAAGACUUACAGCUAUCUGGAUCUUGUGAGAACCCCCAAGAUGAGGAGACUUGCUCUGAAAACAGGACUAGUAUGUGAAUCUGUUCUCUACAGGUUUGGCAUUGCCUCCACUUUCUACGGGAUCAGCCUCAACCUUGCCGGAUUCGGUCUUAACAUCUACCUAACCCAGUUCAUCUACGCGCUCGUAGAGGUCCCGACUAAGCUACUGGUUUAUUACCUUUUGGAAAGAAUCGGGAGAAGAUACACUGAAGCUGGUGCUUUGCUGUUGGCGGGGAUCUGUCUUGCUGUUAACGUAUUUAUUCCUAAAGAUAAGUGGAUCUUUCGGUCGAUCAUUGCGGUGCUGGGAAAGGCGGGUUCCUCAGCCUCCUUUACGACAAUCUUCCUGUACACCUCCGAGCUGUAUCCCACGGUUGUGAGACAAAACGGCCUGGGCUACAACUCCUUCCUGGCCCGCCUGGGCGUGUCCAUCGCUCCACUCAUCAUGUUAUUGGAUGAGGUGUGGAAGCCCCUCCCCCAGAUUAUCUUAUGCGUCAUAGCUAUAGCCUCUGGCCUGACAGCAAGGUGUCUCCCAGAGACCAUGAACAGGCGCCUACCAGAGACCAUAGAAGAUAUCGAGCAAACAAGCUUUCUUACAUCUCAGCGAGAAGCCUACUGGCUCCCCGGUGCCUAAUGACGACCUAGAGAGCGCUGAGGGGAGAUGAAUCAUAGAAACAACUGGGGCUCGUUUACGGAGGGUGUACCGUCAUCUCUGCCUGGACAACGGCGGAAAUAAAUGCGUUUGUAACAAACAAUGCUAAUCCAAGACAGAGCUGCUUUCCUCUUUUUAACCAUUGCUUGAAUGCAGAAUUGUAUCUUGAAAAUAUAGGUACAGUAAACGGAAGUGUUCGUAGAAUAAUUCUACGCAGGGUGAAUUUCACAGUUGCUUCACUGUUAUUUUUAGUGUCAUAAUAAUUGCCUGCAGUGUUUAAGCUCCUUCCAUGAAUAUGCAAUGUGAGAUUUGAGUCGAGAUUCACAGAUUGUCAAAGCAUUACUUUAAACACCUGAGGAAUCCUA